AUAUUUAUAAAUCAUAUACCUUCAAAAUUUCGAUGCAACUAGGACUCUGAAUCAUUGACAGAAAACCGAUGCAAAUCAUUCGCCUGCUGAUUGACAUAAAUUUGGCUAACCAUAGCAAAACCCACAUCAUAUUGACAGCAUUAUUUUUUUUUUUGUUGGAAGGGAUGGCCUGAAAACAAGAAAUCUCUGGCAUGCAGGCGGCAGAAAUAUUCGGAAAAUAACAAGAAAAUAUUUUCUCUCCGAUAUGUAGGCAACAUGAAAAGUUGCAAAUAAUUUAAUACACAAAUAAAUGAACACGCAAAAGCAACAGCAUCAAAAACAACAGCCUAGGGGCGAAAGUGAAGCAUAAACAAUUUAUAGCACCUCGCAGGUGUGAAAAGUGAACAAUGGCGCAUCGGCGGUGUGUGAACAACCUGGAUCAAGGGAGCGACCCACAGAACCCUAAGCAAUUAUGAAAUUAAUAGCCAACUAAUUGACCGAUUGAAAAGCGAGCGAAAACAGCUCUGAACAGCAUUGAACUUAGUGAGCAGAGUGAGCAGAGUGAGCAGCGUGAUCAGAGUGACAAAUUGGCGAGCUAACGACCUUGCGGAUCGCGGAUCACCGAACUCUCUUCAGCCAGCUGUUGUGGCCAUGAAGCACGAGAAGACCCUCGCCAUGGCUGCUCCGCAAAAGCACAGCUCCGCCCACGUUCCCCGCAGUCCCAUCACCAAGGCCUUUGACUUUCUGCCCUGGUCGCGGAGUCGCAGCAAGGUCAACAUGGCCAAGGCCCAGCCCCAGCAGUCGGACCAGCAGGCGGACCAGCAGGCGGCCUCUGUUUCAGUGCCUGCCGCUGCCGAGAAGCCCUCGGAGGUGCACUAUCACAAGAACAUCUUUCGCAGCGGUGGUGGCCUCAUCCGGGACAUCCUGGUGGGCGACAAGCAACUUCAGCUGAAGGACAAGCCGCCACAAUCCCCGGUUCCCGCGCAUAAAAAGAAACAGAAGCACUUGUCGCGAAACAAGAGUUUGGAUAUCCGGGAACUCAUAGGUUGUGUGGAGCGCGAAAUGGCUCCGGUGAUGGGAGGUCAACCAGCUCGUUUCAUGGACGACACCUACAUAGACCACAAGCCCAAGCAUAUACUCUUCAAUGACGACGAGAAUACGGUGUAUAUCAUUAAGAAGGAACAGCCGGUGGCCAAGUCGAGCCAUAAGGCUAGUAACCCAUCUUCGUCCACUGCCCCGGCCAAUGGAGACGUGCUUAAGGCCCGCCUGAAGUUCAAGCGGCUACCGGGGGAUCACUACGAGGCCUCGCCGGAGGCCCUGCGACGGGCACAUCUCCUGCACCAGCGAUCCGAGCAGCGGCAUCAGUUGCAGCGGCGCAAGAGUCUCAGCGACCAGCAGAGCAGCUCCAGCCUGAGCAGUGGCGGUGGCGGCAACGGAGGGGGAGGGGGUGGCAGCGGCAACGGAAGCAUUAUGCUGGAGCGACCCAAGACGGACAAGCCGCGCAAGAAGCUGUCCUUCCGGGAGCCCAUCAUAGCCGGUGACCAGAUGCUGCCGCUCAUCCUCACCGAACAGCGGCAGGCGAGACAGAGGCGUCGCAGCUCCCCACUGGAGCGAAGCAGGGGGGGCGGCUUGGCGGGUGCGAGUGCGGGGGCGGACUGUGAUAAUUUAUGCAAUGGCCGCACAAAGGAUACAAUUUCCUGCGGCUGUGCGACGAGCGAUCCGGAGUCUCAGGCCAUGCGCAUCGUUCGCACCGUGGGACAAGCCUUUGAAGUGUGCCACAAAUUUAAUCUUCAUAAGAAUUCCCUGGAACCCAAUGACGAACGCUCCGACAUCUCCUCCUCGGAGCUGCUGGACGUGGAGCAGAUCAGCGAGCAGCAGCUCAGUGAGGACGGCGAACGCGGUGGCGACAACGACACGCCCAAGAAAGAGCACUUGGCCAUAACGCCCGAUCUGAGCCACACGCAGCCGCAGCGCCCCAACCACUUGGAGCUGAUGCCAUCGCAUUCGAGUCUACGCAAGUCGAACAGCCUGCUGUGUGAUGUGGACGACAAUCCAGGCUCACCCUCCUCGCCGCGUUCUGAGAUCACCCAGCUGAAGGACCAGCUGGAGGCACAGGCUCUGCAAACGCGCCAGGCCCUUGGCCAACUGAUGCUGGUGCGGGAGCAGCUCAUCUCGGAGACCAAUGCGCGCAUCGAGGCGCAGGCGCGCACCCAACAACUGCUGCAGCAGAACCGGGAGCUCCUCGAGCAUCUGGCCUCCUUGGGGGCCUACAACGAGCAGCAGAGUGCCGGACUCACGUCGGCCAACAUCGGAAUGGCGCCGCAGCUAUCGUCGACGGCCAAAGUGGCGAGAUGGUUCCAACAACUGCCCUGGCACACCGCCUCCUUGUCGCGUCCGGAGAGCGGCUUCGUAUCCGGCGAUUCACGCUCCGAGAAGUACCAGGAGGAUCAUUUCUACGGCGGCAUCGCCAAGGAGACCGAUGAUUUAUGCGACGAAUUUCUGCUGGUGGAGGGCAGCAGCACCAUUUGGACAAAGCUGAGCGCCAAAAAGCGUCGUAAAUUGCUAGGCAUGCGGCUGGGCAAAGUGACAACGUUCUGAGGUCGCCGUCGGCCCUCGUAUUUGCGUAAUGUGUGCGUUUAUUAGCUGUUAAGUGAGUUUUUAGCAUCGCCCUUAAGUGUAGCUUUGAUAUAUUUGCGUAGGCAUAGCUAGUUAGUACGAAAACCAAUAGACUAAAGGACCAAAUUAACCCAAACGAAGCGAAACGGAUCGGAACGGAACGGUACGAACAACAUGCUCAUUGAGAUGCCAUGCAACAGGCAUAGACAUAAGUCAAUUAGUGGGCAUAAAACGUAAGCUCAAUGUGUAUUUAAGUAUUAACGGAAUGAAAGUAUUUGGCCAAACAGCCCAUGGCCAAUUCAUUAAGCGAACAAACCACGCACAUUAAUCAUACGCCACGUAGCCCAUCCACACACACACACAAACACCCACUGCCAGAAGCCAAAAGAGCAGUUACUGUUUAGCUUGACCAACUUUUCGUGUACGAGAAAAACUGGUUAUUAAGCUAAGCAAAACAACAGGGAUGAACUACAGCAGAGAUGGGACUAGAGACAAAACAAAAAUAGCAGGAAACGCAGGAAGCAACUUUUCCUGCAGCCAGGACCAAAAAGAUCAAAUGUUUGUUAUUCAUAAAUUUUUGCUGGCUUCAACGUUUUUAUGCAUAAAUCGAUUCUACUUUUACGCUUGGCAGUCCCUUUCCUAUACUUUACUUUGCCUUCCAUUUUUGUUCAUUCGGGUAACUCUAUAAAUUUAAGUCAGCUGCUGUGGGAUACGUGGCGUAUAAGCGAUUUACUCGAAAUUUAUGGGGAUUGGUUGGCUAUAAAAUGCGGGGUUGGUAAGGUAGCUAGAAUACUACUUUAGUAAGGCAAGCAACGAAGGUGUUUUACAGCCAACAGACUGUACUUCAACUUUGAUGGGUUAAGUUAGGGAUAGUAAAACCAGAUAACUUAAGGUUAGUUGAAUAUGCAGAGACACCUGCUUAACACUGUGACAAUCAUCGGGGGUGACCGAAAUUUUGCAUUUCAAAUUUGAGUGCAGCUAAAGCCGGCCAAAUGGCUUUCAAUAAUCAUCAAACUCUGUCGAGUUUUUAUUGCAUUAUUUGGCAGCUUUUCCGUUUAUUGCCCGACAUCACAAUGAAAAGACGAUUUUCCUAACGAUUUUAUGACAUUUGCAAUUUAGGUACGAAAUUUAUAGAUGCAAGAAAAGAAAAAACCAAUUAAUUUAUGUUAAAUGGUUUUAGUUAAUUUAUGCAAACGAUUUUUGAGACUGAAACUGAAAUUUUGUACUAAGCAUAAACCAGGAUACACAAACACAUGCAUACAUCACACAAACACAUACACAGACACACACAUAUCCAUGCAUUCCCACAAACAUUUGCGACAUAUAGGAAAAGUUUUUUAUAAGCUACUUUUACCCAAGCUAAAUUAAUAUUAGUUGCUCUGGUUCAACGCAAUAGAAUAAAGUGAAAAUAAUAAAAAUUAAA